UUUUUUUUUACAUUUUCUGAGUUAAUUAAAACACUACAACUGCCCCCAAUAAUUGAAAAGGUAAAGUUUCCACAGUACUCUAUACUGUAUUAACUUACAAUUACAAAAUUGUAGUAUGUUCUUUGACAACGGUUUGACCACAGAUAAUUUUAUGCUUUGUUGUUGUUAAUUUCUUAUAGUCCUUGUUCUUGGAACACUAGUUUUACAUUUAAGUAUUAUGAGACGGAAAAAAGAGGACAAAUGCUGAAUUCGGACAGUAUUAGUCACAUGUGGUAGUCAGUUAGGUUAAACCAUUUCAUUUUAACAUUUGACUGAGUGCUGUAUAGAAAGUAAGACAUUUUGUGAAAGUAUUGUCAUUUCUGUAGCUGAAGCAUUGGUACAGAGGAGAUGGGGUGAUUGUGUUGUCAAUCAUUUAAAUACAGCUACUACCUCAAAAAACAUUCGUGUGUUGGUUGUGUUUUUGUAUUUCUCACACCUUAUAGUUUACAAGCAUUUUAGUUUAGUACAUAAUUGCAGUGUUCAUGGUUUUCCUGUAGGUGGUAGUAUUUGCUAAACACCGGCGCGUGCAUAUGACGUCAUGGUGCAUUGUUUUGGCGCGAUAUGUGAAUGGAUUUGAAAAACUAGCUUCAGGACCGUUUACAGACGACGGAGAGAGUAGACCACUUCUGCCUACUAAGGCCGAAACGGUGGAUAACGGGACUACAAGCGCCUCAGAGAUGUCGUGGGACUUUUUUGUGCCAGUGUGUGUGGGUGACCUGGUGAAAACCGGGGGGAUCAACCAGUAUGUCGUGCAGGACGUGGUCUCACCUAAACAGCUGCCACAGUAUCUUAGUAGAUUCAAGGCAGCUCUGAGAAGCCAAGGACCUUUGUGUAUCUUGCAGCACUUUGACACAGGCUACAGUGUGCUACAGCACUGCAAGUCAGUGGAGCUCAAUGUGAAGGAAGAUAUGCUGGAAUUAUUAAUACAAGUGGUUAGUGGCCUGGCUGCUUCAUUACCAGCUCUCCUCAUCUCCACCACCAUCUCAGCAGCGGAACGCAAGGAGAACCUUAACGCUGUUAAAAUGAGUGUCUACCUGCUCUGCAAACUCACAGAGAACCUUGAGAGUGAAUCUUAUAGACAGAAUAUUGUUACAGCACCUGGAAAGGGUGGCAAAAAGGCAAAGACUAGUGGAGAAGGGCUGCAGCAGUGGGACUCUGAAAGGGAGACAGUACUGCAAGCUCUUAUUCAGCUGCUCCAGCUGGAUAUUCGUUCCCUCUGGAGCCUCUCCCUUGUUGAGGAGGAGUUCAUCAGCUGUGUGACCUGCUGCGGCUACAAACUGCUUGAGAAUCCAACCAUUGGUCAUGUUAAAAGCAAACCUACCAGGGAUGGCAUCAUUCAUCUGUUAGGGGUUGUGAUCAAGAAGUAUAAUCACCUCCUUGGUGCAAGUGUAAAGGUGAUCCAGCUGCUGCAACACUUUGAGCAGCUGUCAUCUGUGUUUGCCCAGGCAGUGUCUGUUUGGUGCACAGAGUAUGGAAUGAGGGCGAUUAUAGGAGAAGUCAUAAGGGAGAUUGGCCAGAAGUCAAGUGAGGAGCUUGCAAGAGAGGGGUCAGGGGUCAAAGCCUUUGCUACUUUCCUUUCUGAACUUGGUUCCCUGGUGCCUGAAUUAAUGAUCCCCAACAUCAGUGUGCUGAUCACACACCUGGAAGGAGAGAGCCACACAAUGCGCGUUGCUGUGUGUGAAGUGCUGGGAGAGAUCCUUGUGCGUGUCCUCUGUGGUGAUGGACUUGACGAAUCUGGGAAAGCUGACCGUGACCGCUUCUUUGACACACUGCAGGAACAUCUGCAUGACACACACUCACAUGUCAGGACACGUGUGUUACAAGUCUACGCACGUAUUGUCAACAGCAAAGCACUGCCCUUGUGUCGGUACAGUGAGGUGAUGCAGCUUGCUGUUGGACGAUUAAUGGACAAAUCUGUUAAUGUUGUGAAGAGCGCCAUCCAACUGCUUGCAGCCUUCAUUGCACACAACCCAUAUAGCUGCAAGUUGAGCAGUGCAGAUCUGAAGAAUCCACUGGAGAAGGAGACGGCUAAACUCAAAGAGAUGAAAGAAAAACUGGAGGGAAAAACACCCGUUGCAGUGAUACAAGCAUCGGAGCUGUGGGCCGCCAUGGAGCCUGAGCUGCUUGUCACUGUCAAGGCAGAGCUGGAGCCCACAGAUGAGGAGGAGGAGGAGAAGAAGGAGCAGCAGGAGGAGGACGAGGACAAGGCUGUGGAGGAGGAAGAGGAGGCAGAAGACGACAGAGCAACUGCAGUGAAAAUUGCUCAGUACCUUCGUGUCAACAAAUACAGAAAUGCAGUGCGUCUUUGUGUAAGAGCCUACAAAUGCUUCCCUGAAUCGGAGAUGUUCGCUUCUCUGUCCACUCUGACGCCUGAGGCGCUAAUGGACACACUGGCUUUCCUUUUCAAAGGUUCUGAUGAAGACGCAUCUGAGAUCAGCCAGAACGUGCCUCCUACCCCACAGAAAGAGGGAGGAAAAGAGGGUGAAGAUGGCGAGUUAAAGAAGCAGGAGAUGCUGGUGCAAUACCUGAGAGAUACAGAAACCUUUGCCUUACAAGUCGAGAGGGCAAUUUCUGUCAUCAACACCAUGCUCUACUGGAAAACCACUUCAGUGGUUCAGGAGGCUGUGCAGUUUUGUGUGACUGUGUGUGAGUUCAGUGUUGCUAACUCUGUCAGUGGGGUGAGGAAGAUGCUCCCUUUGGUCUGGUCAACUGAUGCAGCUAUUAAAGAUGCUGUCGUUCAGGCCUACAGGCGCCUUUAUUUAAACCCUCAUGGCGACACCACCAGGAUGAAAGCCCAGACUCUUGUGGACAGUCUCUCUGAGCUGAUGGUAGAUGCAUCUUUGGGAACGAUCCAAUGUCUGGAAGAAAUUGUGCAGGAAUUCUUCAGUAGUGGCAGCAAUCUCCAGUCCACGGUAGUGCAGGUCCUGUGGGAGAGGUUUACUGGGAAGCGAGAAACUUCUGGCCUGCACAAGCGAGCUGCCGUGCUACUGUUGGGCAUGGCUGCACGGGCGGAGAGGGAGGUUGUGCUCAGUAAUCUGGAUACUCUUUGUUCUGUGGCUCUGGGAGAGAAAGUGACUGAAGACUUCCUAUUGGCCAGAGACACUGUUAUCACCAUCUGCAGCAUCUCAGACCAUGUCAGACAAUCCAAAGGCCCUCCCUUCAGACUUCCCCAAGACCAUCAGCUCUUCACAUGUCUUUCGCAGGCCAUCGCUGAAGGUGUUGUGAUGGAGGACCCUCACUGGCAGUGCUUCAUGGAACAGGCUGUUCGUCUCAUCUACUUCCUGGCUGAAUCCCCUGACCAGCUGUGUUCCCGGCUGCUCCAGCGUAGUUCUCGUCUCUUACUAGACCAGAUUGCUGAGGGUGGGGAUGUCAACAAGAAUGCUGGCCAACUGCAAGAUGGAUCCCAAGAGUCCAUUGAACAAGGUGAACAUGUGAAUUGUGUGUGCCUGGCCCAGCUGUUGGCUCUGAGCGGCUGUGUGGCAUUCUGGCAGGUGUCUCACCUUGAGCGCAGUGUGAGCACUGAACUGCGGAGGAGGAGAGGAGAAACGGAGGAGAGGGAGGAAAAGGAAAAGGGCCCGUCCAGUAAAACCAAGCAAGCAGCCAAUGAGAGUGCAAUGGAAGAGGAGCUUGGCUUGAUUGGUGCUUCUGCUGAAGAUACAGAGGCUGAACUCAUCCGAAAAAUCUGCGAGACAGAAUUACUGGCUGAGGAGAACCUGCUGUGUGCAUUCCUUCCCCUGCUGGUGAGAGUCUGCAGCUCCCCAGGACGCUAUUCCCACCCGCAGCUCACCACCGCUGCUUGUCUGGCACUCUCUCAGUACAUGAUGAUAAGCCCAUCUGUUUGUGAGGAAAAUAUCCGUCUUAUGUUUACGGUGCUGGAGCGCUCAGCGCUUCCUGUAGUCAGGGCCAACGCCAUCAUUGCCCUCGGAGAUCUCACCGUCCGUUUCCCAAACAUCUUGGAGCCCUGGACGCAGAAUCUAUAUGCCAGGCUCAGUGAUGAGGUGCCGUCAGUGAGGCAGACGGCUGUCACCGUACUUACUCAGCUGGUGCUUAAGGAUGUGCUCAAGGUCAAAGGGCAAGUCAGUGAAGUGGCAGUGCUGCUAAUUGACCCUGAGCCACACAUCGCCAGCCUGGCCCUAAACUUCUUCAAUGAACUUGCCACAAAGGACAACGCCAUCUACAACCUGCUCCCAGACAUCAUCAGUCGAUUGUCCGACCCAGAGAGAGGCAUGAGUUCAGAGGACUUCAACACCAUCAUGAAACAACUCUUCUCCUACAUCACCAAAGAAAGGCAGACUGAAUCUCUGGUGGAGAAACUGUGUCAGCGCUUCAGGACUGCAAAGACAGAGCGUCAGUGGUGUGAUUUGGCCAUGUCCCUGUCUCUCCUCUCCAUGUGUGAGAGAGGUUUUAAGAGACUACAGGAAUGUUGGGAGUGUUACAGCGAUAAGUUGACUGAGGCUGGAGUCUACCAGCCUCUGCUCACCAUCACUGCCAAGCUCCGCCGAGGUGCCAAAACGCAGUUUAAGGAUCAAGUAGAUGAGUUUGAGAAGAGACUGACUGCAGUUCACACGAGGGGACUUGAGAAUGUAGAAAGCCCUGAGAUGGAGGAGAACCAAAAAGCAGGAGGAUCCAGAGAGAAGACGGUCAUGAAGACUCCUCUGCCCACCAGAGGCCGAGCGAGGGCAAAGAGAGGUCAGACAAAGCCAUCAGUUUCCGGCAAAGGUGAUGACAGUUUCAUGACUCCUCAAAAAUCCCGCAAAUCUAAGAAACCUGUCAUCACCUUUAGCAGUGAUGAGGAGGAAGAUGAGGAUGAAGAAGAUGCUGUAAUGGCAGAGAAUGAGACCCCUAAAGUGACCACACCCAUCGCACGCACUUCUCGACGAGCUCGCCUCAGAAACUAAUUUUUAUUCUUUUUUUUAUCUUUUAUAUCAGUCAUUUUACUUUAUUUUUCUUAACUUUUUUUCUUGUACAUUUUAAAGAUAUUGAUACCUAGCACCGAGCUAAUGUAACAUGAUGUUUUUAAUGACUUAAAAUCAAUGUGUUUUUAAUAAACCUUUUACUGGUUUAACUCUGGCUGUCUGU